AUGGUUGAUGGCGAAGCUUCUUUCAAGAGACCCGGGUCUGUGCCUUUUGACUGGGAGAUCCGACCCGGUGUACCCAGGACCCGAGAUCCGCAACCGCAUCAGCCCAGUCGUCUUCAACCUCCCAAGAAUCUUCCUCCUCUCCGAUUAAAACAACUUCCGCCGUCGAAUCCGCCAUCUCCGUCGCUGUCUUCUUCUUCUUCUUCCCUAUCAGACUCCAAAACCCGCCGAGUCUCUCCCUUCGCUCCUCCUACGCCUCUCAAGCCGUGUCCAGGCUCCCACUCUUCUGGACCUCCGACUCCAUAUUGGCGAUCUUCAUCAGCUCGACGACCCAGUUUCAAUUCCGGUGAUGGUUUGCGCCGGUGGCGUUUUCUCAAGUCAUUGAUUGGGUUGAAGAAGAGUAAGAGCGGCGAUUCAAAAAAGACCGGCGAGGAGUCGUCAUCGUCGGGAUCUGAAAACUUCUAUGACUUGGAGUCGACGUUUACCCCGUCGUCGGAAGGUUCUAGCCGUUCGGGUUUAUCGAGUUGGGGUUCGCCGAAAUCGUCAUUCUCUCCUCCUCCGCUUGAUUCGUCUUUGAAACGCCAGACAUCUGAUUUGGGCUUUUAUGUUAAAAAAAACCCUUUCAAUGAUUUCUCGUGA